GCGUUUUGUGAUCGCUGGAGCGCUGAAGCAGCCGGGCAUCUCUCCUCCUCCUCCCCGUGUGUGUGUGCGCGCGCGUGUGUGUGCGUUUACGCAGACGCGCACACACGGGUCCUCCUCAGUGCCGCGCGGACGCAGGGCUGAGCUCGCAUCGGCAGCUGGGACCCCGUCCCUCAGAGAGGCAGGGGGGAAUACCGCCGGGAGGUGAGCGGGGCGCUCCGAGGAGAUGCUGCACGUAGAGGGAGAAGCUGAGGGAGAAGCAGGAGAGCGCGGAUAGUGUGCCUCUGUGCGCGUGCAGAAGCUUUUUACAGGGGGUAUCACUGUCUCCAAACGCUCGAGAUCCACAGUGCGUCUCGCCCUAAUCGGACGAGGGGAGCGACAGACUGCAGAGGGGAAGUUGAGCCCCAUCACUCCCGACUCCAGGGGGGUGUCCCGGCCUCGGACUUGUGGGGAUUAGGAAUUCUGCUGUGUGGGGACUUGGAAUUCCGUCGUGUGGGGACUAGGAAUUUGGGCUGUGAGGAACACCGCUUUCUCUCCGUCCCGAGGGCUCUCCCCGCCUCAGAUCGGAGGGCGCCACCUUUCCCGGCGGCCUCUCCCGUGCUUCUUCCCACGCGCGGCCGGCCGUAGCGGCCCCAGACCAGGAUGCAGGUCUCGUUCGUGUGCACGGACCACCGGGCCGUGAGCCGGAGCACGGAGGACCGGCUGAACAGGCAGAACGCCAACAGCCCCGGCACCGGCACGCGCAGCAAGUUCCGCACGGUCGCCAUGGUGGCCCGCAGCCUCGGCCAGCUGUCGCUCCAGAGCCAGCCCUCCUCCAGCGACCAGAGCAUUCGCACCGGCAUGAAGUAUCGAAACCUCGGGAAAUCUGGGCUGAGGGUAUCAUGUCUCGGACUGGGGACGUGGGUGACCUUCGGUGGGCAGAUCACAGACGAGAUGGCGGAGCAGUUGUUGACUCUGGCCUAUGAGAACGGGAUCAAUCUGUUUGACACGGCCGAGGUCUACGCGGCAGGGAAAGCAGAGGUGGUGCUGGGAAAUGUCAUAAAGAAGAAAGGAUGGAGGCGUUCCAGUCUGGUGAUCACAACUAAGAUUUUCUGGGGUGGAAAAGCAGAGACAGAAAGAGGACUGUCCAGGAAGCAUAUCAUAGAAGGUCUCAAGGCCUCACUGGAGAGACUACAGUUGGAGUACGUGGACGUGGUCUUUGCCAACCGACCGGACCCCAACACGCCCAUGGAAGAGACGGUGCGGGCAAUGACGCACGUGAUCAAUCAGGGAAUGGCCAUGUACUGGGGGACGUCUCGCUGGAGCCCUAUGGAGAUCAUGGAGGCGUACUCGGUGGCGCGGCAGUUCAACCAGAUCCCCCCGAUCUGCGAGCAGGCCGAGUACCACAUGUUCCAGAGGGAGAAGGUGGAGGUGCAGCUGCCCGAGCUCUUCCACAAGAUAGGUGUGGGUGCCAUGACGUGGUCCCCGCUGGCCUGCGGGAUCAUCUCAGGGAAAUACGACAGCGGCGUGCCGCCCUACUCCCGCGCCUCUCUGAAGGGCUACCAGUGGUUGAAGGAUAAGAUUCUGAGCGAGGAGGGACGCCGCCAGCAGGCGAAGCUGAAAGAGCUGCAGGUGAUCGCGGAGCGGCUGGGCUGCACCCUGCCGCAGCUGGCCAUCGCAUGGUGUCUGCGGAACGAGGGGGUGAGCUCUGUACUGCUGGGGGCUUCCAACACUGACCAGCUGAUGGAGAACAUAGGAGCCAUACAGGUCCUUCCCAAGCUGUCGUCCUCCAUCGUGCACGAGGUGGACAGCAUCCUGGGGAACAAGCCCUACAGUAAAAAGGACUACCGGGCCUAACGCGGGGCCUAACGCGGGGCCUAACGCGGGGCCCUCCAGGGACCGGGAUCCGGGGCCGGUCGCUACCGGGGUUUCUGCCUGCCGUAAAGUUUGCUUGAGCUUUUAUUUAUUUUAUUUUUUACGAAUAGAAACUGGCACAUGGGGCGAGCGGAGGCUCAGUGCUAUAGGGAGAGGUGGGGGGGGGAUCCCCAGAGGUCCGGGUGAAGGGCAGGCGGUGGGGAGGGGGGAGAGUAGAGGGAUCUUGUGCACGAGUACUUAAAUCGGCAGUUCGUUUUUAAAACGAGAAGAAAAAAUAUACUGAAAAGCUAAACAAAAAACAAAAAAAGCACACGCUUGCUUGCCCGUUUAAAUAUUCUUGUUUUAUUUCUUUAGUGUUUUUUUUAUACUGAAUGCAUUUAAACAGAAGUAUUAUCGGUAUGAGCGUUUGAUAUGAUCUGUUGCACUUGCACCAUUGUAACUUGCUCAGUUUAGGUUUGGUUCGUUGGCGGCCACAAAGGUGUGGGUGGCGUUUUCUCGAAUGGCGGUUCCUCGUGUCUGUCGGUGAAUUGGGGAAACGGCCUCCUGCAUUAGCCUGCGUCCAUCCUGAAGGCCCUUUCGCCAAUUCAAAUAAAUACCAUGUGACCAAAGUUAGCUUUCCUUCCAUUGAACUGGUCUGCGCUGAGCUGUGCUGAGAUGUAUUGAGCUGAAGACGCACUGACUGCUAAAGCCAGAGAUAAUGUUAGCGCAACUCAGUGCUGAGAUGGGUCACAAACAUUCUUCAUGCUACCAAAUAUGGUCCUGGCCUGGAUAGACGUGGUCCUCUUACAGGUUUUGGUCACAGGGUUGGUUUUAACUGGCUAUGCCAGAGCACGCCACAGGUUUAGCUGUUGGACCUGGUUCUGUUAUGAGUUCACCUGGUUUGACCUGGUCCUCUUAUGGGUUCACCUGUUGAGUCUAGUUAAUUUUUAUCAGUGUUCAUCGAAGUAGCCUACUGGGUGAGACUCCAGGUGUUUAACAUGCCACGCUGUUGGAGUCUGAAUAUACCACAUGUACAUUCUGGCCAAUAGGAGCACUACUUCUUGUCAGAAGCUCAGGGAUUGGAGCAUAGUUGCGUGCGCGUGUGGCUUAAGGAAGCCGUUUCCCUACCGUACAGAGUGACAUGUCACCUGGCUCAAGCCAAAGACUCCGACAUCUGUGUGUUCCUGGCGUCCGAAUGGAACCAUUCGCUUAUUCAUUUACACCAUGUCCAAUCUGAUCCAUCCUUUCUAUAUAUAUAUAUAUGUAUUAUAAUGUGCAUUAUAUAUGUGUAUAUAUUGACACAGAUAUUGUACACAAGAUAUACAUAUAAAUGCAAAUAUGUACUGCAGCUCUUUCUUCUUUCUGUGAAGUUCAUUUAUUUUUUUAAGGUCCUUCAGGGUUGUCUUCAUUUUUUCUCUUAGAGACUGGAGCAUCUGUCUUACUGUAUGAUGUGGUGUGUGUAUAUACAGAGAGAGAGAUGUAAAUGUACUGUAUAUAGACAAUGUAUAUCUCCACAUGUGCAACACAUUUAUCCAGUUCAUUCCAUGGAUCUUGCUCAUCAUCCAGCCAUUUAACCAAAGGAAGUGUGUGUGUGUGUUCUUCAAGGGGGGGUCAAACAAGUCGUACAUCACAUAAAUACAGGAAUACGCACAAUUGCAGCACACAUUCUAUAUCAGAUAUAUACAGGUAUACACGUGCACUCACACACACACAUGCUAUAUCGCAUAAAUGCAAGAAUUCUCUCACACACACACGCUGUAUCGCAUAAAUGCCAGAAUACACACACUCACACUCACAGACAUGCCGGUUUGCAUUCAUCCAGGCAGACAUACCUUUGUACGGUUUCCGGAUUUCAGAAAUGAGCUGGGAUGUAAAAACUUGAUAGUGGAUGGGCGGGUUUAAAUACACAAACUAACUCUUCAGCAAAAUAGAUUCAAACUGAUAAAACACAAGACUUCAGUGUUCCAUGAGUAUUCACUUCAGCAUUCCUGCAUUUUCCAUUUCAUAUAAGAAUAUUGCACUGAUUUAACAGGCCUUAAUGAAAAAGUGUGACUGUCCGAACUUUGACCUUAGUUCAGUUUAGUCCGGUUGAAUGAUAAUGUUGCUUACAGUUCUUUCUUCCUAGAGUAAUGCAGAUUCAGUUGAAAGAUAUUUAACAUGGCUCUGGCCUCAUGGUUAUGAGAGUAUUAUUGUACUGAACUGUUUUGACCAAUGAUGUUAGGCUGCAUUUAUUAGCUGUAGGAGAAUAUAGGAAAUUAGCAUAAUCUAGUUAUGUUAUUGAGGUCUUUUUUUCUUCCAUCAUAUUUGUAUUUGAUCAUAUCAGAAGGAAGGUGGGGGGGGGGAGGGUGUUGAAAGUUUGUCAGUAUUCAUGUCAGACACUUAAAGCACCAUGUUGUUCUCGUCAUGUGGGCAGGGAGGUAGGAGAUGAAAUGGAGUGGGAGAGAUAGAGAGAUUGCAUGUCUCACAUUCUAUCCAGUAGCUGCUGUGCCCAUGUUCAGUAAUAUUGUUCCCUGUCUGGUCUCUGGUUCCCCCAUGUGGCCACUGUGGGUAGUGCAGUACAACAGCCAAGGUGUAAAAGUCUACCCUGUGGUACUGAAUGCUGAAUACCUGUAUUAACAAAUCUGCACAACUGAUCCAAACCCCAGUUGAAUUUGUCUGUGGCCUCUGGCUCCCCCUACUGGCCAAAGAGAACAGCGCCGUUAAAUGCAUCCCAGCUGCAUGUCCACCUGGAAGCUCUUUACUCUGUACAUAUUUAAACGUCAGUUUAAAACAAACACAAAAACAAAAACCAACCUUCCGUUUAAAAAAAUUAAAAAGUUUUCUUAAAAAAAUUGUGAUAAUCUGCCGCAUGUUUGCCGAAAUAACUUUUGAGGCCAACGCCUUUUCGUGAAGAUUUAACCGGGUGUUUCCACCAUCAGUCUAUGCAUGAGGAUUCCAUCACAAUAAGCACUUUCAGUUUCUGUACUUUGUGCUGCACUGUGAGAAUAUAACAGUACAGAACAGUCACACAAUGCGCAGAGAUCCAUAAUAUGUGUUGUUUCUGUCAUGUUAUUGUUCUUCCCCCUCCAUGUUUGCAUGUGACCUUAGACUGUAUGUGUGCAGUGUGAGUCCCGUCCCCCUCCCUGUGUUUGAAUAGUCCUUACAGCACAUUGGCGCGGGUCAGCAGGCAGGGAAGCUGAAGGUGUGACCUGUAGCUGGUGUGCUCGGCUAACACUAUACCUGCCCGAGAUGGGUGCAUAAAUCCCAGUGUCCCAUCCCAGUGCUUGGUACACACAUGCAUGUGUGCACGUGUGUGUGUUUCCUGUGUGUGCAUAUAAAUGUGAUGUACGUGUGUGUGCGUGCGCAUGACUCCAUAGCAGGCCAUUGUGCUCGGUUCUGUUGACACUUUGGUGGAGCUUACCAGAAGGAGUCCGGCACAUGGGUCAGACGUUUAAAGCUUUUCAGCCGUGUUGAAGCGUUUCGCUGAGAAGCCGCACGGGUCUUUGCGUUUUCCGCCUGAAUCUCAGUCCUCCUCUGUUUCCCCUCUGUUUUUACAUAUAUAUUUUUGAGGGCCUCUUGUCAGUGUGCAGAAAUGUCUGAAGGGGUGUGUGUUGAGUGCUGGAUGUGUUCAGUCUGAGCACUGACGUGCACCUCACAGCACAGUCCCACAUUGCAGUCAGGCAGCUGCGGCUGAACCCUUGAGUUAAAAACAGAAAAUGGCUGCCGCUCCCCCGCUCCCCCUGUCAGCAUGUUCAGUUUGUCUUUGCUUUAAUGCGGAUGAAUACACCCCCCCAAAUGACUUCUUUCAUCGCGGGGUUUUCGGUUGGCUGAGUGCAUAGUGUUAAAUGUGACCUUGGCAUUAAAAGGCAUCUACUCUCUCACGGUCGGUAGCUAACGGCUGUGACUGGUACUGGUCUGAGGUGUUUUCGCACUGUGACUUGGCUUGCACGGGGACUGGACGUUCUGCGUUGUGUGAGGCCAAUAAAUGAACCAAUCAGACCUUGGCUGUAGACGAGCAAAAUCGUAGGCAAUAGAGUUUUUAUAGUUUUAUUUUGGUAACAUGCUGCAUUUUAUUCUGUUUGUAAUAAGGUGAUGAUGACUAAAGGAAAUGAUCUGUAUUGUACAUGCCUUCAGACUAAUUCUUCUCUUAAAAUGCUUAGCACUGCUGGAUACACAUUUCACUCUUUCUAGGUACCUGAUGGAGUGUCACAACAGCUUCUGAAUGUACAUAGUUUGAUCUUUGUAUAUAAUAACGGCUGUGAUCACUUCUGCCCGUUUAAUUUUUAAGACUUUAAGACUUUUAUUUCCAUUGGCAGGCACUGCUUAACUGCAUUCUGCUUGAAUCUGAGCAUACGACAUAUGUACAGCUUCUGUAUUUAUGACAUGAAAAUUAAAGUUAUGAAGAAGUGACAAUUAA